UUCUCUCUCAAACAAUACUCUCAAUUAGUUACCGUACCAAACUAAUCAUUGUUUUCUUCUGUUUUGUUUCACGUGUUAAAAAUAUAAAGAUAAAACUGUAAAUUUAAUCGUUAAUUAUGGCUCCAACUAAAAAACAACGACCCAACAAUGAUCCAGAUGAAAAUAUGAGCAGUUCCGAUGAAAAUGAGGAUAUGUAUGGAACUGGCAGUGAGGAAAUGGAAAUGAUUGAAGUUGAUUUUGAUGUAAAAAUGCCAGAAGUGACAGAUUUCCAUGGCAUUAAAAAUCUCUUGACACAGUUAUUUCUGAAAGCUCAUAUCAACACAUCAGAAUUAACUGACUUGCUUAUUCAUCAAAAGAAAAUAACAGGAGUUAUUAAGCAAGCUGAUGAUGAUGGCAUGAAUGUAGAUGAGGAUGACGAUGACUCUGAUUUAGAUGUAACUUUUGGUGUGUUUUCUGUAGUUAAUCUUACUGAUAAAAGGAAUUUAGAUUGUGUGAAGCAAAUCACCGCCUACCUACUGAGCCAUUGCAAAAAGUCCUCCAAAGAUGAACAAUUCCAGUUGUUAAGAAAUAUUUUAGAAAACAGAGAGAAGAAUGUUGGUCUCAUUAUCAGUGAAAGAAUGUUGAACAUUCCUCCCAAAAUUGCUGUUCCUCUCUAUACAGGCUUAAGUUAUGACAUGGAGAAAGCUACAGCUAAGGGUGGAAACUUUAAAUUUGACUACUACAUUCUGAUCAGCAAAAUAGUUGUUUUCAAGGAAGCUAAACAAACAUACAAUGUUGUAUAUGCAAAUGCUGAAGAAGAGCUCAUUUCUGAGGUAGCCACUAUUUCUUUUGAUUUUUCUGUGGCAAGUGAACUGGACAGUGGUCUUAGUGGUGCUUGGACAGAUGAAGAUAAAGAAGGUCAUAGAAAGCGAAGAGUUAUGUUGUUCCCUGCUUCUAAGUAUGAAGAGAUGUGUCACAAAUUGACUGCUGAGCUUGGAACAUAAAACGCUCUGUAAAAAAAUCCAAUUGUUGUAAAUAGUAAAAAAUAAAAAAUAUUAUCCUUUUGGAUUUAUCAAUUCUAAAAGGUAUAAUUAUGCA